CUUCCCCCUGGACUUAUUGAUAGUAACCAGGUGACUUGAUUUCUUUGACUUUCGGUUUCAACUCUUUUCACAGCCAGAAGGGGCUUUAUCUUCACUCUUUCAAACACAAUUCCUGGUUCUGCGACGCCGACUUUCGCCAUGAUCCUGCGGCUUCAAUCUGUUACUUUCCUGCUUGCCAUCAUAUCUACUGCAAGUAACAUUCAAGCAUCAGAAAUUCCUCUAGACCUUCCUGUUUCAUCGUUAAUAUCUACAGCAAAAUCCCACUUGGCCAAUGGAUCUCCUCGUGAUGCACUCACUUACUUUGAUGCCGCGAUUUCGAGGGACCCCACAAACUACCUGACCAUAUUUCAACGCGGUGCAACAUAUCUCUCUUUGGGGAGGAGCUCAAAAGCUAUCGAAGAUUUUGACCGUGUGCUGAAACUUAGACCUGGAUUCGAAGGAGCGCUAGUGCAACGAGCCAGAAUUCGUACCAAAUCCGCUGAUUGGGUUGGAGCGAAGCGAGAUUUAGAAGCUGCUGGAAAGCUAGGGAAAGCCGAAUUAGAGGAACUGGAAGAGGCCGAAAAUGCUGCUAUACUGGCGGAAAAGGCAGAGAAGGAGGGUGAUUGGGAAACUUGUGUGUCCCGAGCUGGUGUGGCCAUUCUAAAAGCAGGGACAUAUCUGCCGCUUCGUCGGCGCCGAGCGAGAUGCCGUUUCGAACGCGGUGAGAUUCAAGAGGGAAUUAACGAUUUAGCACAUGUUUUGCAGAUUUCUCCAAGCUCCGUCCAACCGCACCUUGAAAUAUCUGCAAUGUUAUUUUAUUCCUUAGCAGAUACGGAACGGGGAAUAGCGCAAACACGAAAAUGUCUUCAUUCUGACCCGGAUUCCAAAGUAUGCAGUCGUCUGUUCAGAAGAGAAAAGCAGAUCUUCAAGUCCCUACAACGCGUCGACAAAUUUUUGGAGCAGCGGAAAUUCAGUAAGGCUGUGGAAUUAUUGGUGGGUUCCAAGGAGGAAACUGGAUUAAUCGAUGAUGUAAAAGAGGAAGUGGCAUCUGCUCGUGCAGAUGGAUAUAUUCAUGAGAAUGCUCCUGAUAAACUCUAUGCCGAUUUGAUUGAGAAAACAUGUGGAGCAUAUCGAGAAAUGAACUCCAAACGCAAAGCUAAGCCUUUCUGUUUUGAAGCGCUUAAGUUAAAUCCGACCUCUCUUCAUGGCCUCAUGUCAAAAGCAGAAAAUGAGGUUGAUUUGGGCGAAUAUGAAGCUGCGAUCCAAACUCUUGGCAUCGCCAACGAGCAUCAUCCAGAUUCUCAUGCGGUUCGAUCCCUUCAUCAGAAAGCACAGAUGCUGCUAAAGCGAUCUAAACAAAAGGAUUACUACAAAGUACUGGGCGUUGACCGCGAAGCUGACGAUGCGACAAUCAAGCGCGCCUACCGAAAACUUACCAAGCAGUAUCAUCCGGAUAAAGUUCAAUCGCAAGGCGUGUCCAAGGAAGAGGCUGAGAAAAAGAUGGCUGCCAUUAAUGAGGCAUAUGAAGUUCUUUCAGACUCAGAACUGAGAGCGCGGUUUGAUCGAGGUGAUGAUCCAAACAAUCCUGAAGGUCGUUCAGAACAUCCGUUCCAAGGCAGCCCGUUUGGACCCGGCGGUGGAGGGCAGCAGUUUUUUUUCCACCAAGGGGCCGGCGGACCGCAUUUUAAAUUCUCUCAGCAAGGAUUCAAUUUCCCUGGAGGGUUCCACUUUGGUUAAUUUCUCUCUCUUUUCCUACUGACCUUUCCUUUUAUUUCUUUUCCUUUUUUUAUCUUUUGUUUUCUCGUAUCUGUAUGCAUUUGUUUAUGAUA